AGUAAAGUGAUGGUCGCCGACGCAGUAGAAUAAGACUUUUGUGUUGUUUUAAUUUCUCGCUUAAAUUAUUCUGAAUAUUAAUUUAUAUUAUAUAUAUAAUUUAUUAAAUUUGAUCUUUCGUUUUUAUUGCGUUAUCUGUGAAUUACGAAUUAUUUGAAUUUUAUGCUGCCAGUGUCAAGCAAUAUGCACUUAAUUGCAGCAGGCCCAUCCCUUUACUGAGAAAGGGGGGCUCUUCAGUCACAUUGCACUGAAUCAUCAACAACAAAUGAUCAAAUGAUCAAAUGAACAGAUGAACAGAUGAAGCAACAAUAUUAGUAACAAUAAAACUAUUGUCAACAAAUGGAAUUGUGCAAAUGAACCACCUUGCUGCAGUGUGUCCUCAACUAUAACGUCCACAACAAGUAACGUCGAAAUAAUUGGAAAGAAAAUUAUAUAAAAAAGUAAAAAAAAACCAGUCAACAAAUUAUAUCAAUUAUAUGAGCAACAAUUACAACAAUUACAAUAGUUGACGCAACAAACAACAGCAACAAACUUAAUUUAAAAAACAAAUUUAGAGAGAAAAAUGCAUAAAUUACAAGCUCUAUUAAGCUUAGACGCUGUCAUGCUAAUUAGCGCGCUUUUACUGCUCACAUUGCAGCUACACCUCUGCCCUGCGAGCGCUUGGAUGCCCGAUGUACGCCCAGAUUUGCAACCAAAACAAGAUAUUAUUAUCGCCAAGUUCUUAGGAAAUACAACGGAUUAUUUUAAAAUUUUGGAUCAUGACGAUGCUACCAUGCUAGUUGGAGCAAAAGAUGUUAUCUACAAUAUAAGUCUAAAUGGUUUACUUGAGAAUAGUCGUUUGGAGUGGUACUCAUCAGAUGCAGAUCGUGAACUUUGUGCGCUAAAAGGUAAACACGAAGCAGACUGUCACAAUUACCUGCGAGUUUUUGCACGUGUUAGUGAUGGCAAGAUCUUGAUAUGUGGCACCAAUUCGUACAAGCCGCGAUGUCGUCACUAUAAACCACUAAGCGAAGUAAAACCAAAUACAGCGCCUAAAUAUGAGAUUGUGUAUGAUGUUGAGGCUCAAGGUCUUUGCCCCUAUAGUCCAGCACAUAACAGCACUUAUGCAUAUGCAGAUGAUCAAAUUAUAACAACGAAUCCAAUUUAA